AUUAGAUAUUAUACUUUCGUGGAGGUAUACACCACCGUGUGUUAUUACGGUUAUUGCGUCAAUUCCGUCGGCUCCGCGGCGGUUCUGUUCCCACCCGUCCACUACGUUUUCCGGUGUUACUUCUGUCACUGUUGCUGCUGCCGCCGCCGCUGUUGUUGCCGCUCACAUCGUGUGUUUGUCCGUUGGAGUUUGAUCUGUUUCACUGCUGCGCUGGUGCUCGGCCGUCGUUUCGCCACCAACAAUUAUUUUGUUCGGAUUUCCCGUAAAAUGGCUACGGUUAACUUGGAAUCUAUUUUACCAUGGCCGGAAUACUUUAGACAGGUCUUGAACAGCACGAAAAAACCAGCAUAUUUGAAACCCAUUGAUGGUCCAAAACCAGUGUUCAAUAAAGAGUUAAAUGAAAAAGUAUCUUUGUAUCAAGGCGACCUUACAAAAUUAGCAAUAGAUGUUAUUGUUAAUGCAGCCAACUCUAAGUUAGCCGGAGGAGGAGGAGUUGAUGGCGCUAUUCAUAAAGCUGCUGGCCGAGAACUUCAGGCAGAAUGUGCUGCGUUAAAUGGUUGUAAAACCGGUUGUGCCAAAAUCACCAAAGGGUAUAAACUCCCUGCCAAGUAUAUUAUACACGCGGUUGGGCCAAAAGGAGAAAAUCCGGAAGAACUGCAAUCAGCUUAUCAAAACAGUUUAGAUUUGGCUGUUGAAAAGAAGUUAAGAACAAUUGCAUUUCCGUGUAUUUCUACUGGCAUUUAUGGGUAUCCGCAAGAAGAAGCAUCCAUUGUUGCCUUGAAAGCCAUAAGAGACUUUUUAGAGCAUGAUCAUAACUUGAUUGAACGCAUAAUAUUCUGUGUAUUUCUGGAUACUGACAAAGAAUAUUAUGAGAAAUAUCUACCAUUAUUUUUCCCUCUCGAGUAAGAUUUAUAUUAUGCAUUGUAAAAUAUACUAACCUUUUUUACAGCAUUAAAAAUAAUCAUUUAUACAUUGUUUUAAUUUGUUUUAAUUUUUUUAUAUUAUCAAUAUUGUAGUGUAUUAAUACAGUUUGUUAAUUGUUUAACUUAUAAAAACAUUUAAAUAUAUAUCAAUCUGAUGAAAAA